GCCGCGGCGGCAGGAGCGGCCAUGGCGGCGGCGGGCGCGGGGCAGCAGUGGGUGCUGGUGGAGAUGGUGCAGGCCUUCUACGAGGCUCCUGCUUACCAUCUCAUUUUGGAAGGGAUUCUAAUUCUAUGGAUAAUCAGGCUUCUUUUCUCCAAGACAUACAAGCUUCAAGAGCGAUCUGAUCUGACACCUAAGGAAAAAGAAGAGUUGAUUGAGGAGUGGCAGCCAGAGCCUCUUGUACCUCCUGUACCAAAAGAUCAUCCAGCUCUCAACUACAAUAUUGUUUCAGGUCCUCCCACCCAUAUAAUCACUGUUAAUGGCAAGAAAUGUAUAAACUUUGCAUCAUUUAACUUUCUUGGACUUUUGGAUAAUGAAAAGGUUAAGAGUGCUGCCCAGGCAUCUCUGAAGAAAUAUGGUGUUGGCACUUGUGGACCUAGAGGAUUCUAUGGUACUUUUGAUGUGCACUUAGAAUUAGAAGAACGACUAGCUAAAUUCAUGAGGACAGAGGAAGCUAUUAUAUACUCGUAUGGAUUUGCAACAAUUGCCAGUGCUAUUCCAGCAUAUUCAAAAAGAGGGGACAUUGUGUUUGUAGAUGAAGCUUCUUGCUUUGCUAUUCAGAAGGGAUUACAAGCAUCUCGCAGUAACAUCAAGUUAUUUAAGCAUAAUGAUAUGGCUGACCUUGAACGACUGUUGAAAGAACAAGAAACUGAAGAUCAAAAGAACCCUCGCAAGGCCUGUGUAACUCGGAGAUUUAUUGUAGUGGAAGGAUUGUAUAUGAACACAGGAGAUGUUUGCCCUCUUCCAGAAUUGAUAAAAUUGAAGUAUAAAUACAAAGUCAGAAUAUUUUUGGAGGAGAGCCUUUCCUUUGGAGUCCUUGGGGAACAUGGAAGAGGGAUUACUGAACACUUUGGAAUAAAUAUUGAUGAUAUAGAUCUUAUUAGUGCAAACAUGGAAAAUUCACUGGCUUCUAUUGGAGGAUUUUGCUGUGGAAGAUCUUUUAUUAUUGACCAUCAGCGAUUGUCUGGUCAAGGCUACUGUUUUUCUGCAUCCCUACCUCCUUUGUUAGCUGCUGCUGCUAUUGAGGCUCUGAAUAUUAUGGAAGAUAAUCCAGACAUUUUUCAGAUUCUCCGGCAUAAAUGUGAACGAAUUCACAAAGCUUUACAGGGGAUUUCUGGCUUAAAAGUGGUGGGAGAAUCUUUUUCUCCAACAUUACACCUGCAGUUGGAAGAGAGCUGUGGAUCUCGAGCAAACGAUGUGAAGUUACUCAAAAGAGUUGUGGAUUAUUGCAUGAAUAGUGGUAUUGCAUUAACUCAGGCCUGCUAUCUGGAGAAAGAAGAAAAAUGUCUUCCACCACCCAGUAUACGAGUAGUGGUAACAGUGGAACAAACAGAGCAAGAACUGGACAAAGCUGCAUCACUUCUUAAGGAAGCUGCACAGUCUGUAUUGAAUUAGACUGCUGUUUCGGAUUCCUCAUUUCCCAAAUUAUCAGGAUAAGUGUUUAAUGCUGCAUAGUGACUUCACUUCAGAUAUUCAGAUUCUUCUACUGAUGGCAUUGAAACCUGACUAACAAGAUUGUUCCAGAAUGGUACAAAUGCAGCAAGAAUGGUGAAUUUUGAAACUGAUGAAUGACACAGUAUACUUGCAAUUCAAACUACCACUUAGUAGCAUUCUGUAAAAGGGGAUAUCACUGUUGCGUACAGGACUCUUUCAUAAGUUGCAUCUUUAAAAAUUUUGAAUUUAUUUCUCCAAACCCUUACAUGUUUUGAAACGUGUAUUCUGUUUUCCCCAAAACCAUAUAAAUUGUAUUGCUUUCUCUGCAUAGUCUCAGAAUGCAGGAAGUUCAAAUAAGUUCCAAGGCAUUGUUCCCCCAUCCCUCUUCCAAAAAGGUCGGCUAUUCUUAAUACUGCCAAAAAGAAGAAAAUAACAUAAUGUUGUUCUAUAUGAUGUCAUUUAUUAUUGAGUUAUAGGAGGAGCUUGAUUUAAAUUCUUUCUUGUUUGUAUCUUUCUCUAACCAUUUUUGUAAGCCAGUUUCUAAGAAUGCCUGGCCAGAGACUUCCAUUAUCUAAAUGGUAGAUUCCUAUUAAAUACUACUGCCUUUCUUAAUUUCUUAUGUAAUUAUAUGCAUGCGUAAUAUUAUGGGUGAGGUUUUUCAUAUUACUAACUGUCAAACAUUAAACUGAAAUCUCUGGAUUGUGAAACUGGUGUAAUUCUAUUAGAGUAUGUUUAGUCAGGAUAGCUUUGCACCAGUCUUGAGGAGGAGUCAUAUGCAACAUGAAGAAUGAACCAAGGUUUUGAAACAGCAACUAAAUACUAACUUGUCCAAACUACUUUGAAGCACUGAAAUGGUAUAUGUUAGGUUUUAAUUCUAAACAGCUAUACUUUAGAGGGGAAGACUCACAAAUAGCUAAUCAGCAUUUAUAAGGCACAGAAACUACUGAAAUACAACUCAGUGUAUGCACAUAAAAUCUCCAUGUAAUUGGAUGGUAAUAUUUGGAAGGUAUGCUGUCUGGAUUUUCAAUAAGCAGAGAUGGACAUUACACAGAUAGACACAUUACUCCAAGCAGAGGAAAUGUGUAAGGAAGGAUGACAGUAAGCUGUAAUGUUUUAUAAAUUAAAACUAAAGGAAUCUGUUUCAGUAUUUUACUUUAAGAAUUCCCACUUAACAUUUUUAUAUUCUGCCUGAUCUGUACUCUGGCUUGGUGUGUAUUUAUGUGCCUUUUUGGUUGCUGCUACAAAGGACUACUGGACUAUUUUUGAGAAACGUCAUUGUUUAAAAUAAAAAGUUAAUAAUGUUUGACUCAGA